AUGAAUCGUGAUAUUGCUGAGGUAAAAACACAAAUAGAGCAAGCAGAAGAGCGGAUUGAGAUUUUUAAAGCAGAAUGCAUUAAAAAAGAAUCUAUUCUCAACAAUGAAAUCGCGAACUUAAAAAUAAAAGUUAAUGAUACAAAAGAACUUCUCAAACAACAAAUGAAAGAGCUUCAAGAUGAAAAUAAGGAAGAGUUAAAAUCAUAUGACGAAAGAUAUAAAAACGAAAUUGCUGAAAUGAAAACUAAAAUUGAAUUGGCUUCAAAUGGAUCUAACGUUUACAAAACCCAUAGACAAGGAUUACAGCGAGCACGCAAAGAGGCUGAGUUAGCUAAUCUAAAACAUAGACUAGAAGUUUUGAAAAUGGAUCAGACUGAAAGAGUUCUUAAUAAAACUACCAAAGUUAAUACUAAUAACACAGAUAGUGUAAAUAAAAUGCAUGCGUUACUCAUGAAAAUUGAUGAAAUGGAUGCUCAAAUUACCGAAGUUCAAUCUUCUACUAAGAAUAUUAGAAUGCAAAAUGUAAUGAAACAGAGAGAAAUGGAAACAAAAUAUAAAUUAGUGCAAGAACAAAACCAAGCUAAACUUGAAUCAGUCAAGAAUCAAUAUGCUGAAAAACAGAAAGGCAACCAAGACUAUUUAGAAAAAGUUAGACACCAUGCAGACCAAAAGAUCCAAAGAUAUCAAAGUGAGCUUCAACAUGCUCAAGAACAACUUGAUAAAUUAAAUCAAUUACGCGGAACACUCCAAACUAAAUAUUUGGAAGAAGAGACAACAAUGAAAGCAGAAAUAAAUGACGCUAUUGAUGCAGUUAAAACGCAUUCUGAGAGAAUACAGCAGCAAGCAGAAGAUCUUAAUAAUCAAGAAAGAAAACUUACAGAAAUCUUGAAAGAAAACGUGAUUUUAAAUCAGAGUAUUAAAGCAUCUAAUAUGUCAUUAACACAAAUAAAGAAAGAUAAUCGUCAGCUCAAGCAAGAAUCAAUAAGAAUGGAAACUCAAAUAUACUCAGAUAGAAUGGAUACUGUUAAAGGUUCCAGUUUCUUCUAA